UCAGCAAUUUUACCUUCAGGUUGUUCAGGCAGUCAGGUUAUCUCCAGCAAUAAGUCGGGCAGCCUUGAUCGGCAAGUGUUCCCAUGUACCUAUUUAUGUAUCUACCUAAAUUGGCCUUGGGAAACAUUAGGUACCUCAUACUUAUUUUAGCCUACGUCCAACUUACAACAACUUCCACAAACAGAAUCGGCAACAUUUAAUAAUACAGCAAUACAGCAAAUACAGCACCGCAUUUUACAACCUGGACUGUGAAUAGGGAAGAAGCUACCAGCUCCCAGCUCUCAGCGCAUGAGAUCCAAAUGUAUCAGAUCUGCCAACAGUAGCGCGCCUAGUCCCGCCGCUUUCUCGCGAGCCUCAACCACGCAUAAGCAACCCACAAUCUUCUACCGUAUCUUCGAAUCAAACCAUGUCGCUCUCCGGCUCGUUCGCUCUACCUGAUACCACAGGUUCCGAUAACGACGAUAUCGAUUCCCUCCCCUCAACCUCUACAGAAAGCUUCGCAACCGAUGAAGAAGAUUUCGAUGCGCAAAGAGAAUGGGAACAGAGUUUAGAACAGCUACAGCUUCUCUUAACUAUGGUUCUAGUACCCUUCGCUGGAAAAUAUCUAGGCCGCAAGUUUGCCUACUGGAGUAUGAUCUCGAGAGUUGCUCUUACUCGACGUUUUUUUUAGACUGACACUGGUUGAAAUAGGUUGGGCGCGAUAUAUGGAAUGGAUGCAUAAUGUCGAAAUUAAAUGGACGAAUAAAGCAUCAUUUAAAGCUACAGGUGCAGUUGAAGCAGCGGUGACGCUUUGAGCGAUCGCAUUUCUAGGCUACCUAAUUCCCCGGAGAGGACCUUUUUUUGCGGACAUAGACCGGAUAGUACCCUAUUUGUUGUAUAUAAGGGCAUUGUUGCGGAUACAAGGGAUCAUCGGCAUGUUGGCACCGUGGUGCAGGGAGAAAACAAAAUACCAUCUCGACAGCCCGUCUCUGAUUCCGGUUAGGUCCCGUAUUGCUGUUAGGCUUUGAUGAUUCUCAUCUAAGAUGGCGAAAUCAAAGCCUAACGGUAGCUCCAAAAACCUUUCCGGUGCCUUUGACUUAGUUGAAGAUGCCUUCUUCCGGGUUUAUAGCGCGCCACGAUGACAGGAAAAUAAGUUCCCCUCGUCUAAUUGGCGAACUUGCUAGAUCGGUCUGCCCUGUUAAGAAGAGCCAUAGGUAAUUGCGACUAGCCGGAUGCCCAAUGAUAACGAA